CUCAAUGAAAUACUGAAUAAGUGGAGGGGUGAAACGCAAGUGAGGAGGUGGAGUCGUGUUCAGAGCAGAGGAAAACCCAGCAGAAGAGCAGGAAAAAAGAGGAAAAACCACCAGACACAACAACAUCGGGGGGAGGACGGUGGAUUAACUGAGCCAACUGAGGCAAUUCAAAUUAAGAAAAGCGCCGCUGUGAAGAAGGGAGGACAGCAAGAUGAUAACGCCCUAUUUCCUGGAAAAUUUCUGGGGCGAUAAAAACAAUGGAUUCGAUGUACUGUACCACAACAUGAAACAUGGCCAGAUAUCCAGCAAGGAGCUAUCAGACUUCAUCAGAGAAAGAGCCACCAUAGAGGAGGUUUAUUCAAGAUCAAUGACCAAACUGGCCAAGACUGCCAGCAACUGCUCUCAGCUAGGGACGUUUGCGCCGGUGUGGGAUGUGUUUAAACAGUCAACGGAGAAACUGGCAGCGUGUCACAUGGAGCUGGUCCGCAAACUGCAAGAGCUCAUCAAGGAAGUCCAGAAAUAUGUGGAGGAACAAGCCAAAAAUCAUAAGAAGACAAAGGAGGAGGUGGCGUCUACUCUAGAGGCUGUGCAGAACAUCCAGAGUGUGUCACAGGCCUUACAGAAGAGCAAAGAAAACUAUGUCAGCAAGAUGCUAGAGCAAGAACGUAUGCGCAAAGAGGGGGCCACACAGAGAGACCUGGACAAGGCUGGAUUGAAGGUCAAGAAAGCCACUGAGUCCUAUAAGUCAUAUGUGGAGAAGUAUGCCACUGCGAAAACAGAAUUUGAGCAAAGAAUGACAGAAACCGCACAAAAAUUCCAGGGCAUUGAAGAGGAACAUGUCAUGCGUAUGCAGGAGAUUAUCCAUUCAUACUCUCAGUCUGUUGAAGAGACGCACAUACAGAUCGGAGAGGUGCAACAAGAGUUUGUGAACAACAUGGAGAACACUUCCAUCGAGAGCCUCAUACAGAAACUGGCAGAAAGCAAAGGAACAGGAAAAGAGAGACCAGGGCCCAUCGAAUUUGAGGAAUGUAAUGUCUCCAUUGCCACAGAAGGUGCCAAACCCAGAAAAAGAAAAACCUUUGCCAUACCAGGCCGACGGAAAGAUAAAGACACAGAUUCCACUGAAUCAGCUGAAGUAGAAGCUGUUAACGCUUCCAACGGAGCUCCCCCGGGUUUCUACGGUGCUAUAGAUCUUCAUAACGCCAAUGUGCCUCAGCUGGACGAGGAGGGCUUCUGUAUCCGACCAGAAGUCAACGAGAAUGAUGCCAAAGAGAACUCCUUUUAUUCAUCCAGUGACUCAGAAGAUGAGGAUGAGCCAAGAAAAUUCCACGUCCAGAUCAAACCCGUGCAGACCAACAACGGCACACACCAACACAAAGCCACCAUCGACGAACUGAAGGCCUCUAUUGGAAACAUCACCCUCUCGCCCACCCCUGCCGUUCAUAUGAAGAAGAACCAAUCCAGAAUGACACGACAACACACAUUCCCAUCUAUAAAUCCAAAGACAGGUGAUGAACUGACUCGACCCAAGAUACCGCAGCCAUCCUUUAAUGAUAGAUUUGCCACUAAUGACCUGCUGUCUUUGGAUCCGUUUGGCCCGACCAGCACCGGCUCCAGCUCUUCUCUACCCCACUCAUCAGAAGUGGAUUUACAGUCGGAGCCCACCUCUCCUUCGGCAGUCAGUCUUGAGGUUACCGAGCCUCCUGCUUUGCCCCUUCCCUCCAAACUCCCUCCUCCUGCCGGUCUCGCCAAGCCGUGCACCCCAUCAUUUCCUGUUCUCCCCUUUCCUCCCUCCACCUCUCUCCCCGAUGAGGCUGUUGCCCCCCUCCACCCUGGCCCUACUCGAGCUCUGAGCGUGCCUCCAGCCCUACAGGCUGUUCCUAAGGACUACGCUACCCACAAGCCCCCUCUCAGUGCUCCCGCCACUGGUCCAGACACGCUUUCAUCCUGGGCCCAGAGCCAAUGGAUUGCCUUCAAUGAUGCCUUUGUGCCAUGCCGUGUACCAUCCCAUCAACCAGCGAGACCUCGGUCAGUGCCCGUGUCUCAACAGCCCAAGCUUUUCUUCAGAGAGAUUGGUGACCCAUUUGGCAGCAUUGGGAAAGAGGAGAGCACAUCCUCUCUGAACGAAGCACCAGCCCGAUCCAUGCAGGAUGUACCACCUCCAAACAGGCCAACCACUCCCCUGGGCACAGCAGCCAUAGUCCCGCCUCCAAGACCAUUAUCUCGGCCCAAACUGCCUGCAGGCAAGCUGACGGGCAUCAAUGAGGCUGGCCGGCCGUUCAGCCCUCCUAAAGUGUCCAACUCCAGCCCUCCUCCCGCUGCUCCUCUGGCUCGUGCCGAGAGCUCCUCUUCUCUCAGCUCCAACACCUCCCUGAGUGCCAACAACACACCUACUGUCGAGGAUGAUCUUUUCGUGGGGAAACUGCCCACAUUUGAGAAGAGAUGUGAGACUCCUGCAGGAACAUCUCGUGGGCCCAGUCCAGUGACACUGGCUUCCCAGGAUGCAUUGCCCAUUGCUGUAGCAUUCACAGAGUCAGUUAAUGCCUAUUUCAAAGGAGCAGAUCCCAGCAAGUGUAUUGUGAAGAUCACAGGAGACAUGACCCUGUCUUUCCCCAGCGGUAUCAUCAAGAUUUUCACCUCUAGUCCGUCUCCUGCUGUACUCAGCUUUAAACUCUCAAACACUAGCAGAUUAGAGCAAAUUAUGCCCAACCAGCAACUACUACACAGUGACUCCUCCCAGGGUGACACAAACACUAAGGACUUUUGGCUGAACAUGUCUGCAUUGACGGCGUACCUCAGGAAGAGCUCUGAGCAGAAUCCUGCUGCAUCCUAUUACAACGUGGACAUCCUAAAAUACCAGGUAUGUUCAAAUGGCAUUCAGUCGACGCCUCUAAACCUUGUGGUGUACUGGAAAUGUGCCCCUACAACUACAGACCUGCGAGUGGACUACCGAUACAACCCAGAGUCCAUGCAGCCCCCUGCUGCGCUCACCAAUGUACAGGUGUUGGUGCCUGUUAAUGGUGGGGUCACGAAUAUGCAGUCACUCCCCAACGCCAUCUGGAAUGCAGAACAGUGUAAGUCAUUAUGGAAACUGAGUGACAUCUCUGACAAGUCUGAAAAUGAAGGCUCUGGUACUUUGAGGGCAAAGUUUGAGCUGUCUGAUGGUCCAUCCAUCCCGGCCACCCUGGCUGUUCAGUUCUUCAGCGAGGGCAGCACUCUGUCUGGUGUGGAUAUGGAACUAGUUGGCUCCGGUUACCGGCUCUCCCUCAAUAAGAAGAGAUUCGCCACUGGCCGCUAUAUGGCUGACUGCUGAGAUCUGAGCAGAGGCCUGUCCGCUCUCAAACGCAGGGAAUCUGGAGGUUAAUUUCUGUUCAUUCAUUAAUUCACUGGUUCUCAAUGAUAUUUAUGGAGGAUCGAUAGAGGGGGUGGAAAAAGAGGACUGUCUGAGUGAAGACCUCUCAUGCUUCUGUUUCCUCUCUCCGUUCCUCUCUGAACGACCCAGUUCCAGUGAAGCACCUUUCUGGAGACUCGAGAUUUUUAUACUACACGCUAACGUAGCACUGAGUAUCAAACACUGUGUACAAAGAAAAAUAAAAAAAAAAGAAAAGAAAGAAGAAGGAAUGUCAGGAUACUGGUGAAUGAAAUCAUUAAUCUUUGAUACUUUUUGAUCUAUUCAGACUUUUAUAAAGUCAGAACGGUAGUGUUUGUUAUUUUGAUAUGUAUAGUUAACAAUUUGUAAUAUGAUUUAUAUGUGUAUAAACAUUCAGCAUAUCUAAACAAAAAAGGACAAAAAAAACUGCACUAACAAUCUUUCUGGAAAUUUGUUGAGCAUUAAUUUCUCCGUUUGUAUUCACAAUGUCAGUUAGUCACAAUGACAAUGAGGAGAACAAAAGGAGGAAAAAAAAAAAACAAGGAAAAAAAGGAGAGACGAGAGAAAAUGCCUCAGCAAUAGAUCACUUCAUGCUCACAAGAAAGCCUUACUUCUUGUCCAGAAUGCCAUGGUCUUUUUCAUAGCUGAGCAUUGCACAUCCAUCUGCUAAAUUCAGAUUGUUUUCCCCUAAUUUCUAUUGUCUUUAGUUUUAUUUUUUUCUUUCAGUUGCUUUUUUUUUCAUUAUGAAUGUGCAAUGAAGUUAUAAGCUUUCAAAAUUACAUUUAUGGAUUGUUUUUAAAGUUUAGUGCCAUUUUCACUUUAACAUAAGAGAACCUACUGGUUAGUUGUGUGUCUUGCUUAACAGCAAAAGGAAACGUAUACACUGACCUUAGUGCCUCUUUUCGGUUACUUAAAAUUAUUGUACAAGAAAAAUUGCAUGUUUAAGUCUAAAAGAACCUAUGUUCUCCCCAUUUUUUUUAGAUUACGACCUUUCCUCUUCCUUUUUGAAGUGCCAGUUCAGUUCUUUAUGCUUCCUAAUGGGAUACUGAAGGGAAAACACUGCCUAAACUUUAUCCUUUAUCCUUCAAUCAGUUCACUGCAAAGCGUGCGCUGUUCCCGUUAUAGACAUCAUCCAAAUAUUUGCUAUAAACUCAGGCCUUAUAGAUGGCAUAUGUGGAAAUCUGUGCAGAAAUGAUACCAAAAUACCCUGCGAAAAAAUUCACUGUGAGAUGAUUCUAAUUACAAAAACUGAUUUUUUGGAGUAUUUGGAGGGAUCCUUGUUGAUAAACAGACCAAAAUGUUUUGAAUAUUAAGAUUAUAUUUCAUUUUAUGAACAUACACACUUUUCAGUGUAGUUUAUUAUCAACAGACUACCAAAUUUUUAGGUAAAUGUAAUUUUAAGGGACACUCUGUAUAUGUUUUCACCAAAUGUGCCGUCACGUCUGUUUUUGAGUGUUUUGUGUUAAUAAUAACCUGAAUUCGUUUGUUUCUUAAAGUUAUGGCUCAGACGAGCUAAUUGCUUUGAGCAAGUUUGCCAAAUACAGAUCAAAGCACAAAAUUAAAUGAUUUUAAUUCUUUUAAUGUUAGAUAUUUCAUUCGUUUUGUACCACAGCAGUUCACCAUCAUUUUAGUACCGUCAAUUUGUGCUGGAAGCCAGUGGUGAGCAUUCGCAGUGCUUUAAGGGGGUCUGUCCCCCAUACAAGGGCUAUUUGCCUUGUCCUCCGUGGAGGACCACGUCUCCAAGGGCUACCCCGAUCCCAGCCAUAGCAGACACCAUUUGUACCUUAAAAUGAAAAACACUAAACACUAAAUGCCAACAAUGAAGGAUCUUCAUGAAUCUGAAAACGGUGGCGUUCUUUAGAAUUACGUCUUGUUUUCACCAGAAACUUUUUAGCUCUUUGAUAGCAGCCUAACAGUUUUGUGAAGUAACAGAGUAAAGAUUCAGAAUCCUCACUGUCUUUAUGUACAUUUUUAAAAAAUAUUUGUGAUUUUAAUUCAUUUGUUUUCAGUAUGAAAUGUGGUGUUGGUGUCAUUACAGAGGCAGAAAUCAACUGGUGAACAUCCAGGUCAAUGUAGCAUCCAAAUACAAUAUUGGCUUCUAUAGUCCAGGCUUUAUGAACUAGUGAAACAAGUGAAUAUGAACUAAAUGUGUAGUUAGCGAGCUGGU